AAGAAGAAAAAGACUAAUUUUUAUUAUAUCCUAUGGGUCAAUUCUCCCAGCUCCAAAACCCAAAUCAAUCCAUCCAUCCAUUCCUUGCUUCCACCUAUGUUUCUUUCUGCUCUCUGGGAGGAAGCAAAUCAGGAUAGAAGAACGAAGAAUUUAAUCUCAAAGAAUAAAAGUCCGCAAAGAGCUUGAUUUCGAAUCUUCUGAAUGUCAAGUUAGUUUGGAAUAAAUAAAUAUAAAGCAGAUGGAAGGAAGCAGGAUAUCGGCCAGCCCUAGGCCAUGCAGUGGGAGGAGAGUGUGGGCUAAUAAGAAGAGGCCUCGUCUUGAUGGUUAUGUCAAUACCUUCAGUAAGCUGCUCAGGCGUGAAAUUUCAUCAAAGCCUUGUUUUUCUAUCUCAAAUGCCUACGAGAAGUUCCGCAAUAUGCGUUUGGUGGAGGAAUAUGAUAGCCAUGAUCCCAAAGGCCAUUGUCCAGUAGCACUGCCCUUUCUGAUGAAGAGGACGAAAGUAAUUGAGAUAGUGGCUGCAUGUGACAUUGUUUGUGCUCUUGCACAUUCUGGUGUAUGUGCUGCUUUUGAUAGAGAGAGAAGCAAGAGGAUAUGUUUUGUAAAUGUUAGUCCUGAUGAAGUCAUCCGAAGCUUAUUCUAUAACAAGAAUAAUGAUUCACUUAUUACAGUUUCAGUAUAUGCAUCGGACAACUUCAGCUCUUUGAAGUGCAGAUCUACAAAGAUUGAAUAUAUACGGAGGGGUAAACCAGAUGCAGGUUUCGCUCUUUUUGAGUCAGAAUCUUUGAAAUGGCCUGGCUUUGUAGAGUUUGAUGAUGUUAAUGGAAAGGUGCUAACUUACUCUGCCCAAGAUAGCAUAUACAAGGUGUUUGAUCUCAAAAACUAUACCAUGCUGUACUCUAUAUCGGAUAAACAUGUACAUGAAAUUAAGAUCAGUCCAGGUAUCAUGUUAUUGAUUUUCAAUAGGGCUAGUGGUCACAUUCCUCUUAAGAUUCUGUCCAUAGAAGAUGGGAAAGUUCUCAAAACCUUCAAGCAUUUACUUCAUCGAAAUAAGAAGGUAGACUUCAUUGAACAAUUCAACGAGAAACUUCUUGUUAAGCAAGAAAAUGAAAACCUCCAGAUUCUUGACGUUCGAAGCUCCGAGCUGAUGGAAGUUAGCAGUACUGAAUUCAUGACUCCAUCAGCAUUCAUUUUUCUGUAUGAAAAUCAGCUAUUCCUAACAUUUAAAAAUCGGACCGUUGCUGUUUGGAACUUUCGCGGGGAGCUCGUAACUUCGUUUGAGGAUCACCUCUUAUGGCAUCCAGACUGUAACACAAAUAACAUUUGUAUAACCAGUGAUCAGGAACUUAUUAUUUCUUACUGCAAGGCGGAAUCUGAUGAUCAGUGGAUGGAAGGAAAUGCUGGAUCUAUCAAUAUCAGCAACAUCUUGACCGGAAAAUGCCUGGCAAAAAUAAAUGCAUCAAAUGGCAGUCCCAAGGUUGAUAGCUCUAAGAUGAGAAGCACAGUUUCAGAAGCUUUAGAAGACAUAACUGCCCUUUUUUAUGACGAAGAGCGCAAUGAGAUCUACACCGGAAACAGACUAGGUUUAAUUCACGUAUGGUCUAAUUGAAGAUUAGAUAGUUCCAUUGAGCUUGCCUUAAUACAGUUGAGCUAAAUUAUAGUGUAUUGCCGAAAUGCCCUUGAAUUGUAUGAUUAGAUAAUUCUUAAGUUUUCCUGGCAUUUUAUAGAUUUGUAUUUUUGUGCUUUAUAGACUCUGCUUCAGAUGUAAAGCUUCAGCCCGAAUGCAGAGUUUCAUUUCAUUAUCUGUACACUUGAGUGUAUUCUUUUAUUGGCUUA